AUGAAGAAACGCAAAUUAGAAAAUAUGUUAUUCCAGUCAACAAGCCGCCGCUUCCCUGAAGCCCCGCCAAAAGGUCAACACGACUUCCAGAUAGCCAUCAUAUGCGCUCUGUCUGUGGAAGCUAGUGCCGUCAUAGCAUCCUUUGAUGUUGUUUGGCCUGAUCAAAAAUAUAACAAAGCACCAGGGGAUUCAAACACAUACUCCUUUGGCGCGAUCGGAAAUUACAAUAUCGUCCUGGUGCACAUGUCGAACAUAGGAAAAGUUGCUGCUGCUACUGCUGCCACUAGCCUUCUCCUAAGCUUUCGGAACAUUCAACUUGCUUUAGUAGUUGGCGUUUGCGGUGGUGUACCUUUUGGCCAGCAAAAGCAGGAUACGAACAUUUUUCUUGGAGAUGUUGUUGUCAGUAAAGGUCUAAUUCAGUACGAUCUUAGGAAGCAGCUUGCCAAUCACAGAAUAGAGAGAAAAGAUGCAAAUUGGGAUACUCUGCCAAGGCCAGGUCCCAUGGCUCGUGGAGUACUGGCAAAGUUGCAGACCGUGGAGGUCUGGAACGCUGUGUCUAAUAAGAUAUCGGAACAUUUCAGUGAGGUGCAACAAAAAUUGGGUGGUGAACUAACCUAUCCAGAAUUAAUUAUAGAGGACAAGCUCUUUAGAUCGACAUACCAGCACAAGCAUCAUGCGUCUUCACAAUGCGCACAGUGCGCGAAUGGCGAUGGAGGAGAAAACAUUUGCGAUGACUCACUUACAAUGACCUGUGGAGAGCUCCAAUGCAAUGAGCAGGAGCUGAUAGUUCGGAAACGGCCAUCUCAAUCUUCCACUCCCGCCAUCCAUGUUGGUAUGAUUGCUUCUGGUGAUACCGUAAUGAAAUCUGGAACGGACCGAGAUAGCAUUGCCUUCCAAGAUGAUAUCAUUGCAUUUGACAUGGAAGGUGCGGGUGUGUGGGAAAAAUUCCCUUCUGUAUUGGUAGUUAAAGGUGUCUGUGACUAUGCAGAUAGUCACAAAAAUAAGAGAUGGCAACUUUAUGCUGCAGCUGCGGCGGCUACAGCCACCAAAAGCUUUCUAAUGACCUUCGGAACUGAUUUUCUAACAACGCCGCUUCCAACAGAACUAUUCCCAUGUUCAGAGCCGGACUUUACAGAUAGAAAAAUCAAGGUUCUGAAAGAGCUACGUAAAUCGCCAUACCAAGACCGAAAGGACAUCAAUGAAGAUCGAAUAGAGGGUACUUGCAAGUGGUUUGUUGAUCAUCAGCUCUUCCGAAACUGGUUGGAAGGCAAGUCAUUAAACGUACUUUGGGUAUCCGCAGAUCCUGGCUGUGGGAAGUCGGUUCUUAUCAAGUACCUCGUUGAUUCUGUCCUUCCAACGACAGGUCUUCGUAUAACAAGUUAUUUCUUCUUCAAAGACGAUUUUGAUGACCAAAGAAAUAUCGUCACAGCGCUAUGCUGUAUCCUGCGCCAGUUGUUUUGGCAGAAACGUUUCUUGUUCACAGAAAAAAUUCUGGAACAGUUUGAAGCCGGCGGGGACAAAUUAACCAACUCAUUUAGUGAGCUCUGGGACAUACUUAUUGCCACGGCUAGAAAUCAUGAUGGUGAGAUUGUUUGUCUUCUCGACGCAAUUGACGAAUGUGAUGAAAAGGGCAGGUCUCAGCUCCAGCGGGCAUUGUUCAAUCUCCAUAGGACUGGAAAAGAAUUGAAUCUGAAGUUUCUUCUUACCAGCCGACCAUAUAGCGCAAUCCGGCGGGGUUUUGUGCAUUCAGAAAGUCCAGAAAUGCCUUGCAUUCACUUACAGGGUGAAAGUGAGGAUGAGAUCCAGAAAAUUUCUAAAGAGAUUGAUAUAUUUAUCAAAGUCAAAGUCAGACUUACCGGAAUAAAAUUAAUGCUUGAAGAGGAUGAACAAGAAUUUUUGCUUCAAGAGCUUAUGCGUGUGCCCAACAGGACAUAUCUAUGGGUCCAUCUUAUACUGGACUUGAUUGACCAUAAGGAUGAUAUUGACAAAAUCGGGAUCAUCGAAGCUACUUCCCACCUUCCCAAAACGCUUAAUGAAGCAUAUGAGAAGAUACUAUCCAGAAGUCGGGACUCCGAGGCAGCUAAAAGACUGCUACACGUUGUAGUCGCGGCUGGAAGGCCGUUGACUCUGAAAGAGAUGAACGUGGCAUUAGCUCUUCGUGAAGGACAUAGAUCAUUCAAUGAUCUUCAACUGAAGUCAGAAGAGCGGUUUCGUGAAAUUAUUCGAGAUCUUUGUGGUCUUUUCGUGACCGUUAUUGAUUCAAGAAUUUACCUAAUCCACCAAACCGCGAAAGAGUUCUUGAUACAAAAUUAUGAAUAUAAUCAAGUGACACGGCAAGUUUUCCAAUGGAAAGGCUCUCUAUGGCCACAAGACUCUCACCGUACUCUUUUCGAUAUCUGUAUACGGUACCUGUUCCUUGCAGAGUGGGAAUCCUAUCCUCUUCAUCAUGACAAGCUACUGCUGCGAGGAAUCGAUAACCAAGCCUUCCUUGAUUACGUUGCUGAGUACUGGACUUUUCAUAUGCGCGAAGCAAAUGUUGAAGUUGGUGAUGUUAUUCCAUCACUUUUGGAAGUUUGUGACCCACAUUCAAGUCGAUGCCAGGUUUGGUUCAACAUAUACUGGUUGAAGGUACACAAAGAUACUCCUAAUAAUUUCACAACUCUUAUGGUUGCAUCUUACUUCGGGCUCAACCCAAUAGUGAAGUAUCUGCUUGAAAAUGGGGAAAAACGUAAUACCAACAUCAAGGAUGGUAAAUACGGGCGGUCUGCCUUAUCUUGGGCUGCCGGAAAUGGAUUUUCUCUUACUGUCAAGCUAUUGAUUCACCCUUAUAGAACAAGUGGCAGUCGCUCGAAAGUCUUCUUGCCCCCGUGGCAAGUUGAAAUCGACUCUGUGGAUAAUUACAGUCAAACACCUCUUUCUCAUGCAGCAUGGAAUGGUCACGCAGACAUUGUCAGGCAACUGCUCGAUGCUGGAGCCGAAAUUGUCUCGACUGAUUCAAUUGGUGGCACGCCGUUAUCGUAUGCCAUUUGUAAUGGACAUGAAGCAGUAGUUCAACUCCUAGUCAAAGGAGAAAGAACUUCCAAGAGUGACAUCAUUAAAUCGCUACACUUCCCGGCUGUCGAACUUGGACACGAGGCAGUAGUGAGGUUGCUAUUUGAAAAUGGCGCAGAUCCUAACUGGAAGGAUUCAUCUGGUCACACAGUACUAUCACUGGCUGCUAAGAGGGGGUAUGUGGCUAUUGUGAGACAACUCCUUGAUUACGGAGCUAAGCCCAUCACAAAUGACUUCCAUUACCAAAGCUCACUUUUGUGGGCGGUAUGGUAUAACUACGAGGACAUUGUGAAGUUGCUACUGGAUGAGGGUGAUGACCCAAAUAAUCAUGAUUCUUAUAAACGAACGCCACUUGUAUGGGCAGCCGGACAUGGACAUGAGAAUGUUGUGGAGAUCCUCCUCAAGCACGGAGCAAACCCCAAUAAGGGCGACUGCUGCGGUCAGACACCUUUAUUUCAUGCCACUUGGAACGGCCACAGUGCCGUGGUUGAGUUACUACUGAAGUACGGAGGCGACGCUAAGAUGGAGGAUGUCUGUGGCGGCACACCCUUAUCAUGGGCGAGAGAGAAACAAGAUUGGGAAAUCGUAGAGCUACUUGAGAAGGCACUCACGACUUAA